AUGAGCAUAAGAGGUACUCGCAGACGGGGUAUAAGAGGUUGUGAUAGAAGUCGUAGAGGUGUUCGAGCUGGGUUUUCGUCAUCUAGUAAUCUGCCUAAUUUAGAAACUGGUGAGACACCGGCUUCACUUGUGAUAGAGAUUGGGUCUCAUGAUCGAGCGACUGGGGACGAUGCAUUAUCCCAAGCCAUGGGUAUUGCUGGAGUUGCCCCUAAUGUGGCCGAGUACUGGAUAGAGGCCACAGAGAGGAUUAUGGAUGAUCUGGACUGCACUUUUGAGCAGAAAUUAAAGGGUGCUGUCUCACUACUACGUAAUGAGGAGAGAGUUCUUAAAUUGACUCAGGGGGAUAGAUCAGUGGACGAGUAUGAAGCUGAGUUUUUACGACUGAGCCACUAUGCUCGUGGUAUGGUGGCGAAUGAGUACGAGCGAUGUGUUCACUUCGAGGAUGGCCUCUGGGAUAAUCUGAGGGUUUUGAUAGCUCCACAGAGGGAGCGAGACUUUGCUGCAUUGGUUGAUAAGGUAAAGAUCACUGAGGAAGUAAAGCGCGUUGAGCCUAAGAAAAAGGCCAGAGUUGAUGAGCCUAUCAGAGUUGGGGCUCCCAUUACUGCUACUGGACAGCCGCUGUGUAUUGACUGUGGUAUGCGCCAUCAGUGUGAGUGUUGGAAAAAAACUGAGGCAUGUUUGAGGUACGGUUUAUUAGAGCACCGUAUUAGAGAGUGUCCACGGAGGUUCGAUCAGAUACAAGAUCUGGGUAAUAAUACUGCACAGCCACCAAGAGCAGUUCAUCAGCCACCGAGAGGCAGGGGUCAGGCCAGAGGUAGUAAUGGUUUGGGCCGUGGUCAAAGAGCACCAGACAGGGGUGUUGGACAUACUGAGGCGAGUGUUUCAGAUUCUGGGGAUUCUUUAGUUAAGGAUAUUAGGACGGUUAAGGAGUUUCCGGACGUUUUUCCUAAAGAGCUACCUGGGUUACCUCCGAAUCGUGAAGUAGAGUUUGGGAUUGAGCUCCUUCCUAGUACAGCUCUGGUGUCCAUCGCCCCUUAUAGAAUGGCACCGGAAGAGCUUGUAACGCUUAAGACAAAGAUUCAAGAGCUACUGGAUCGUGGGCUCAUCCACCCUAUUUCUGCUGAGGGGAUUAGAGUUGAUCCUCGAAAGAUUGAGGCUGUUUUGGAUUGGAAGCAGCCUAAGACUGGUGUGCCAUUUAACUGGACUGAUGCGCAGCAAGAGAGCUUUGAGAAGUUCAAGAUUGUACUGUCAGAGGCCUCUGUUCUAAUACAGCCAGAUUCUAGAAAGGAGUUUACUGUAUACAGCGAUGCGUCACAUGUUAGUUUAGGAUGUGUGCUGAUGGAAGAGGGUAAAAUGGUAGCAUAUGCGCCUCGUCAGCUUAAGACUCAUGAGUCGAAUUAUCCAACGCAUGAUUUAGAGUUGGUCGCGGUGCCAGUCAAGAUUCCGCCUUGGAAGUGGGAGAGAGUGACUAUGGACUUCGUUAGUGGGAUACCUCUCACACCUACUAAGAAGGGUUCUGUAUGGGUCAUCAUGGAUCGAUUAACCAAGUCUACCCACUUCAUACCGAUUCGUACUGACUACUCUCUGCAGAAGCUGGCUAAAUUGUAUGUGUCUAAGAUAGUGAAACUGCAUGGGGUACUGGUUUCGAUAAUAUUUGAUUGGGAUCCUCGCUUCACAUCUCGAUUUUGGAAGAAGCCACAUGAAGCUCUGGGUACAAGAUUGGACUUCAGUAUUGUGUUUCGUACUCAGACUGACGCGCUGCCACUCUCAUCCCAUGCAAAUUGUUCUGUUGAGGAAAUCGAGUUUAAGCCAGAUUUGACCUUUGAGGAGGAGCCAGAUCAGAUAUUGGAGCGAGAUAUAAAUGUUCUAAGAAGAAAAUCCAUCCCAUUGGUUAAGGUUCUUUGGCGUAACCAUAACAUUGAGGAGGCCACGUGGGAGUCUGAGGAUGCAAUGCAUUGGCAAUAUCCUCAUUUGUUCUGA